UAUGUGGCACUUCCCUGCCUACAAUGGAGAAGUAUUCGGUGCACCAGAUCGCUGCGCACAACUUCGAGGCUGAUUACGUGCACGUGGUGUUCCGGAACAAUAAGGAAUUUCAUGAAUGGAAAGCAGAAGAAGAGGGUAGCCAAAACUGCUGGUUCAUUUUGCCCAGGGACCCCAAAAAGCUGGCCAGUGGAGAAACAAGGAUCCACUAUUACUGUAAUAUAUCAGGCGAGGCAAGGAAAAAGGAAGGUCAUAGUGACCGUCGGGAGAAAAGUCAGGGGAGCUGUAGGUCUGUGUGCAAGCACAUUCACUGUGUGGUCAUCGCUAAUCCAACUAGCAGCAACAAGGCCCAUGAGAGCUCACCCGAAGAAGCAUGUGAGAUCUUGUGCUAUGAGAUGAGGAGGUGUAAAAUAAAAACACCGUGUAGAUUUCACAAUGCCUUUAAGAAACCACGCGAAGCUUGGAGAUGAAGCAUUACAUGCACCUUGAACCAAGUGUCUGGACACAGCGAGUGAAAGUUGUUUUGUCAUGAGCGAGGGUGUCGGUGUUACUUGUAACUACCUUUAAAUAAAGGUUUGUUUCAAAACAGUG